AUGAGCGGCGCGCACAGCGGGCGUGCGCACGCCCUCAGUGCGCGCUCCCGUGAGCGUCUGAACUGGUGGAGCAGAGGAGCAGUGACAGAGGCAAGUGCUGAAGGCGAGUUGAACGGGACUCUGCGUAAACAAACGCUACACACGGGCUUCUCUUCAGCCGGAGACCGCGGACCGCGCUUUGGACAACAGCAAGAGACGACAAGAGAGCUGUCACUGACACUCUACUCGCUCCAUCCUUCACCCACAGCCAUGGCUUUGGAUAAAGACCCCAAACCCCACUACAUCCUCUGGAGCUUUGCCUGA